AAUAUAUCUUCUGAAUAUUUCUCCCGAACCAACAGUUUGUGUUUGUUUUCUACCAAAAAAAAAAAAAAAAACAGCGUUUUCCUCUGAGCAGCAAAAUCAGGGGCUCGUUUCCAAACCCUAAUUUCGGAGUUUUUGACCUUCACAGCCGAAAUUUGUAGUUGAAAAUGGCAGACACAAUUGGAAUUGAGAGAAUCCACAAUCGGAAAAGCCCCAAUUUCAAACCCUACCGCCGAGGGAAGAUUGCUGAGUUUCUGAGCCACAUCGCCAAAUUCGCAUUCGAAUCCACUCUCGUCGAAUCUCUCUCAAUCUCCACUGGGAGAAAGCGAGAAGAAUCGAAAGAUCAGCCAUUCCCGCUUCCUUUUGAUGACAAGAACGAGCCACGGGAUCUCAAGUUAGUGAGGGAGGAGAUGCGAGCAAAGAUGGAGAAGGUGCAAGAGAACAUGAACAAGAUAAAGCAUUGUAAUAAGAUAUCUGCAAACUGUGUGGCGGAAUUAGAAGCUCUAAAGAAGAUAUCAGAUGAAAAGUUGCAAGCAAGCAUUGAAAAGAUGCAAGAAGACGUCAACGACGUAAAGCAACAAUGCAAGAUAUUGGUAAAAGGCGUGGAAGAAUCUGAUCUUCCAAAGAAGAAACCGGAAGACAAGAAAGGUUGGGAUCUUGUGCAAAGGGAUAGGAAAAGAGUUUUCAUUCGUUCGCGGCUAUGAAAUGGUAAAGUUAAAUCAGCAGGGCAACGAAAUGAAGGCGGCCAUUAUAAUAUAUGAAAUGCUAAAAUAAUCGGGUUAGAUAGAUCAACCAUCGAUAUGAUUUGUAGUAGUCAAUAUAAGUAUGGUUUAAAGCUUAAAUUUUGAGCAUGUAUGUUAUGUAAAAGUAGUUUAUCUCGUUACCGGUUAAUUGGCAUGGUAUCCAUACGUGUUUCAUGCAAAUGCAGUAUAUCAUGUGGUAAGUACAGGAAUGCUCAACAAGAUUGUGAUCUUGAAGUUUCUUUUCUCGUAGAUAUAUAUGAACUUCAAGCUGCUUUUCAUGUCUAAUGAUCUGUUUCUCCACUAGUAUGCUUACUCUUACAUCAUAAAGAGAACAACUGACAUGUUUAGUAUGUGUAUCUAAUAUUUAUGUAGAGUGAUUUU